AUCCCCGUCAUCGUGACAAGUGUAAAUAGAGAAACCACACGUGUGGCCGAAGCUGUCAGACGCCAUAGAGAAAGCUCAAGAAAACACUUUUUGUCUUUACUGCGAUUUUUGUUUAGAAAAAGAAAAUGUCUGACAAAUUAUCUAUGCACCCCCAAUUCCGUUCAAAAGAGGUUUUCUUUCUGGACUGCCGACAUUGUGAGAGUAACGUUUGUCGCCGGGCCAUGGAAUCUGUGCUAGUGGCCGACUCACAAACCAAGUUGUUUUCAACAGAUUGUCCGGAGAAAAGCUCAGUUGAACUGACGGGAGAGAGAUUUGAAACAGAUUCCUGCAAUUGUCAACUCGAAAAUGUAGCCUGUGUCUUUUGUGGCAGUGUGCUUGGAUACAAUGUGAGGCUGCCCUGUAAAACUUGUUUACAGUCCUGUAAUAACGGCCAUCUCUGGAUGUUUUACACAGAGAAAAUAUCACCUUACCAGAGAUUUAACAAGAAAGGAGAGGAAGUGUUAUUGUGGGGAAAUAUCCCCGAGAUGUCACAUGACCAUGCCUUGGAUUUUCUUAUUGACGAAUGUCUACGCUAAAUCAUCCAGCCGGCGUCUAUUGUAAUCAGCAACUGCACAGAAAAUGCAGGAGAUCUCAAUGAACUAGUUGUGCUUAUGUUUCAAAUUUGUAUGUUAUAUCUGCAGCAUAAAAUUCAUUUUUGUAUAAAACAGGAAUUUCAUGUACAGUAGCUUCAUAUGUUCCUGUCUUUUGAUGUAUCUCAUAAUUUCAGACUUGUUUGAUUCCAUUAUGUUCAAUGUUUUGUGCAAUAUUAGAGAUUAUUGGUCUGUUUUCCAUGCAGUGUUCAAUGUGUCGGGGACAGACUAAGGAGAUGCAAGGUAGCCACGCGAUGUGGUAGCCAUGUUUUGUUUGUGUUUCAGAUAAACAUCCGCCUGUGAUAUUUGUAUUCAAACUUGUACUUUCUACUGGUAGAGAAAUUAUUCCAGCAUAUCUUUGUGAUGGAUUUGAUAUGUAUAGUGCUAUAAAAUGUUAAACAUUUGGAAUAUUUAAUGUAUUUUAUUGUAUGAGUGCUGUACAGACCUUGUGUUUAUUUUGUUUUUCUCUGGUAGACAAUCUACAUUUAUUAUUUGGCAUUUGUGCUCACAGGUUUUGAGUAAAUAUGUUUGACAAAGAA